AUGGUAAAAGAGCUCGAGUCCAUCAAGAGCCAGAACGGCCCGCCAAAAGGCCCCAUGUGCAACAGUUCACUGAUAAAGCGCAAGAGCAAUGGAACUGAUGCUGCGGAUGAAGGGGAGAAGAAGAAAUUAGCCCGAGAAAACGAAGCCCUCCGAGCCCAGAUUCAAAGAAUGAAAAUAGCUGCUGAAAACCAAGUAAGAAGCAGAGCAGAUGAAAAACUCAUAAACGGUCUCAAAAGGAAAGUAUAUGAGUAUGAGAAUGAUUUGGAAAAGUCCGAAGGUAGAUUGGCAAGAGCCCGGGCAAAGUUGGCGAAGAACGCAGAAGGACGGGCAGGGUUUGUUCAGCAAUUAAAAGAAAAAUAUGAUAGGGAGGUCGCAAAUCUAAAGAAAAAGCUAACUACCCGCUUUUUCUACCCUCGAGAAUGA